CGCUGCAGAGCCGCCUGCUCAGACAACAGCCGCGCGAGGCCGGGACGCAGUAGUCGCCCGCCACCCGCUCCGCGUCGCCAGCUCGCGCCCGCGCCCCGAGCCCGGAGUUCUGGUUCUGGUAGGCUGGCAGCUCGGUCUGGGGGAGCCGCACACGCACGCCCAGGUCCAGAUCCGGAACCGCAGCCCCCACUGAGGAGCCUCCUGCCUGAGCCACAGCCAUGGCCACCAAGGAGAAGCUGCUGUGCCUGAAGGACUUCCACAAGGACAUCCUGAAGCCGUCACCGGGCAAGAGCCCAGGCACGCGGCCUGAGGACGAGGCGGAGGGCAAGCCACCCCAGCGUGAGAAGUGGGCCAGCAAGAUCGACUUUGUGCUGUCUGUGGCAGGUGGCUUCGUGGGCUUGGGCAAUGUCUGGCGUUUCCCGUACCUCUGCUACAAAAAUGGUGGAGGUGCGUUCCUCAUCCCCUACUUCAUCUUCCUGUUCGGGAGUGGCCUGCCCGUCUUCUUCUUGGAGGUCAUCAUUGGCCAGUACACCUCUGAGGGUGGCAUCACCUGCUGGGAGAAGAUCUGCCCUCUCUUCUCUGGCAUUGGCUAUGCGUCCAUUGUGAUUGUGUCGCUGCUGAACGUGUACUACAUCGUCAUCCUGGCCUGGGCCACCUACUACCUGUUCCAGUCCUUCCAGCGGGAGCUGCCCUGGGCUCACUGCAACCAAAGUUGGAACACGCCAAAGUGCCUGGAGGACACACUUCGUAGGAAUAAGAGCCUGUGGGUCACAACGAGCCCCACCAACUUCACGUCCCCUGUCAUCGAGUUCUGGGAGCGCAAUGUGCUGAGCUUGUCCCCUGGGAUCGACCACCCUGGCGCGCUCAAGUGGGACCUGGCACUCUGCCUGCUGCUUGUCUGGCUGGUGUGCUUCUUCUGCAUCUGGAAGGGUGUGCGCUCCACAGGGAAGGUCGUCUACUUCACAGCCACCUUCCCAUUUGCCAUGCUGCUGGUGCUGCUGGUCCGUGGGCUGACGCUGCCCGGCGCAGGUGCGGGCAUCAAGUUCUACCUGUACCCCGACCUCAGCCGCCUGGAGGACCCACAGGUGUGGAUUGAUGCAGGGACACAGAUCUUCUUCUCCUAUGCCAUCUGCCUGGGCGCCAUGACAUCGCUGGGGAGCUACAACAAAUACAAGUACAACUCGUACAGGGACUGUAUGCUGCUGGGAUGCCUCAACAGUGGUACCAGUUUUGUGUCUGGCUUCGCAAUUUUUUCCAUCCUGGGCUUCAUGGCACAAGAGCAAGGGGUGGACAUUGCUGAUGUGGCUGAGUCAGGGCCCGGCCUGGCCUUUAUCGCCUACCCGAAGGCAGUGACCAUGAUGCCGCUGCCCACCUUCUGGUCAAUUCUUUUUUUCAUUAUGCUCCUCCUGCUGGGACUGGAUAGCCAGUUUGUCGAAGUCGAGGGACAGAUCACAUCCUUGGUGGAUCUUUACCCAUCCUUCCUAAGGAAGGGUUAUCGCCGGGAAGUCUUCAUUGCCAUUGUGUGCAGCAUCAGCUACCUGCUGGGGCUGACGAUGGUGACGGAGGGUGGCAUGUACGUGUUUCAACUCUUUGACUACUAUGCAGCUAGCGGUGUAUGCCUUUUGUGGGUUGCAUUCUUUGAAUGUAUUGUUAUUGCCUGGAUUUAUGGGGGUGAUAACUUCUAUGAUGGUAUCGAGGACAUGAUUGGCUACCGGCCUGGACCCUGGAUGAAGUACAGCUGGGCUGUUGUCACCCCUCUUCUCUGUGUUGGCUGUUUUGUCUUCUCGCUCGUGAAGUAUGUGCCCCUGACCUACAACAAGGUCUACAAGUACCCAACCUGGGCCAUUGGGCUGGGCUGGGGUCUGGCCCUGUCUUCCAUGGUGUGUGUCCCUCUGGCCGUGCUCAUCCGCCUCUGCCGCACCAAGGGGCCACUGCGUGUGAGGCUGAAGUACCUGCUGGCCCCGAGGGAGCCCAACCGCUGGGCUGUGGAGCGUGAGGGGGCCAUACCCUUCGCUGCACACCCAACCGCCAAUGGGGCACUCAUGCAGCCCACGCACAUCGUGGUGGAGACCAUGAUGUGACCCCGACACCACCCUGCUGUUUACUAACAUUAGAUCUCAUAGGACCAGGUUUACAGAGCUUUAUAUUUGCACUAGGAUUUUUUUUUUUUGUAAUUGUCACAGAAAACGUUACUCCACGUGUGUGUGCGUGUGUGUAUUGUGCGUGCGUGUGUUUUACUUUGAUUUGGGAAUAUUUUGUACAAAAAGAAAACUCACGGGCAGAAGUCCCCGGGGAGAAGCCGAGCUUUCAUACGGGAUUAGAUGUAUUUUAUGGGAACUUGGUAAAUUUUUCUUUGUAUUUUUUUCAUAAAAUUAUAUACACUUUGAGAUUGUCAUACACUCUACCACAUGAGUGGACCUUCUUGCCAGCAAGAUCUCGUUUUCAAAAGCAAUUCUGGUGCUUGCAGAGCUGGCACAGAGCUCCACCCCAAGCCUGCAGGGCAGGGUUUUCCUAAGACGCAGACACCACGCAGGUGCAGCCUCCAAGCCAGUCCAGGUGGGCAGAGGGUACCGUGAGGGCACUGUGCCAAGAAGAGUGACGCCAAGACAGCCACCAACCCCCUGACCAGAGGGGCUGCCCAGAGCCCAGAGAAGGGUUCUUGGCAAAGCUGAGCAUGGUAGAAGGGCCAAACUCCACCUUUAAUUUUGCAAUUGAGGUUGGAAGGUCAGCAGGACCAUCAGAGCCAGGUGGACAUGGAGUAGUUAGGGACCUGGAUGGGUAGCAGGGGACAGGGCUCAGGCUGGGGUUUCACCAGGCUUCCUGGCUAUCCCAAGCAGAUCCCUAGGCUGAGAACCAGUCCAAGAACAGCUAGGGUCUACCAGGUGGGUCCUUGUCGGUCUCAGGCCAUCCCCAAGUACGGUGUGGCCCAACUGCACAAGUACCCUCUGCCUGGGCCACCUUCCUGUUUUUGUUCUCAGGGCUAGGAGACCCCUGACACCACCCAGCUCCCAGUAAGUUUGGCAGGAACAGCAUUCAAGGCAGGGCCUUGGUCACAAUCAGUGCAUCCUUGGUUCUUCACCUUUAGCCCUGACCUGGCUGCCCCAGUGUCCUGGUCCUUAAGCCAACCUGGCAGUCACUGCUGUCAGACAUUUGCUGUGUGAGGGUCAAGGAAGGAGGUGGGAGAUGUGUAGAGCAGGGAGCCAGGGAUCUGGCACCCCAGAACCAGUAGAAGUGCAGCACAUUGAUGCCGCCCAGCACAGACAGCCUGACCUGGAAAGCUCAGAGCAGAAAGUAGGACCAGUACAGAGGCAGUAGCAGUCCAUGGAGUGGGAAGCAAGCAGGCUUCAGCAUGCAGAGCAGGGCUCUCAGAAUUCUGGAAGCCCCCCCACCCCCACCCCACGAUUCAGGAGUUGGGACAUCUUCAGCACCCCUCCCUAGGGGCAGCACUGGACCUCUCGUCUGUGAUGUGUGUAUUUCUGCCUCCAAAGCUGUAAACUCUGCCAAACACCACCCAACUUUUCACAGCCUUCGGACAUCCUGUGUCCCCAUUUCCUGUGUUGGUGGUCGCUGUGUAUGUGAUUUAUUGGACUCUUUGUUUCCUCCUGGUUUUACCACAUGGCAUUGUGACUUGUCAUCUUAUCUUAUGGAAUUUAUUAACCACUGUCAGCAAAAGAAGGCAGGCGAUGGCUGGUGGCCUGGGCUUCUGUGGUCAUUGAGCUUCCCUCUGGCUCCAGCCCCACAGGGAGUUUGCAUGUGUGGGUUGGAGACAGACAGCUGGAAGACCUUUCUGCAUGGUUCUCAGACCAAAUCCUAGACCAAAGACGUGCAGGCUGAGUGCCCAGGCCCCACCAGACACCUGUCUUCCUCUGGCCUCGUUCCUGCCCUGCCAGUUCAUGUACAAUGUCACCUGUUUCUGUCCCCAUGGCAAUGCCACUGCUGGUGAGAGCCAUGGCUCCAAGAAUAAGGAGGGUCCCCACUGCUCUGCCAGGUCUGGAUAGGAAGAACUAUGGACCAGGAUGAGCCUCAGCCAGGGAGCAGCCCAGGGUAACCCUGGGGGCCCCAUAAGUAAGCAAGGGACAGUAAGAUGGGGAAGGGGUGGCAGUACCUCCACAAGAUGGUGCCCUGGACUUCCCAGGCCACCAUCUUUCUUCCUCCCAACCCUCUGCGAGCUAGGCGCUGAGAGCCCUGUUGGCAUGAAAGGAGGCUGAGGCCCAGGCCAGCUGAUGAAAGGUGCAUAGGCGAGCUUCUGCUGGCCUGGUGUCACCAUGGUGCCCAUGGCCUCAGUACUGCUCUCUCAAUGAGGUGCUGGGGGCAGCCAGUCCAAGGGCAAAGUACCCCCGUCUCCCCAAGACCCAGCCAUGGGCCAGGAGAGGACCCAAGAGUGACCUGGGCCCCACUGGCCCUCAUUCCCAUAUCCACCUUGUGCCCUAAAUACCUCUGGGCAAUAAGGAAGAUGCCCACAGUGAGGGCCCUCAGUGCCGGUGGAGUCACCACACUGGCAAGUGUUUGGGAGUGGGGCACCUGUUAUAUUUUUGGCUUCAAAGUAAAACAGGAGCUCUGGUUUUCUACCGGGCAAUUCUUUCCAGUCCCUGACAACUGUGACGCUGUAUUCAGCACAAGAGAAAUGGAGACGUGGGUUUCUCCUCCUUCCAGAAACAUGUCUGGCUUAUCGGGAAUUUUGUAAAGCAUCAAAAUAUUUUUAAGAUAUUUUAAACUUUUGUAAAAAAAAAAAAAUCAACCAACAAAAGACUGCAUUGGGACAAGAUCUGGGUAUGUAAUUCAGUCCCAUGGUAUACAGGCUUCUAUGUGUAAAUGUUUUAUGAUCCGAAUCCCUGUGGUGUGUGGGGGUUUUCCCCCUUUUGCUUUUUAGAUAAAUAUGUAUAUUGAUAUUUUAAAUUCAUCUUUGCUUUUUUUAGAGGAGUUUGUAAUCACCUUAUAACAUGACAAUAAACAUUUCCUUUUUAAAAUUC